UGUUUGAAGAUGAAUAAAGUGGGCCGAGGGGGCUUGGAAAGGGGUGAAAGGAGAGGACUGGGAACCGACAUCAGUCAGCCCACGGGAGGUGGACAGGAGUGUCCCCGCUGAGAAGACGUGGGCUCAAACACCUGCAGGGCUCUCAAGCCACAGGCAAACACUGAGGUCAGCCUGUUCCCAAGGAGGCCAGCCCCCAGGUCCUCUCCCCCACUAUAAGAGCCCCUGACUCAAGUAGGGUGCUAAGGAGUCGGCAACCAUGGCCAAGUCACAUCUACUGCAGUGGCUACUGCUGCUUCCUACACUCUGCUGCCCAGGAGCAGCUAUCGGGCCGGCUUCAUCCCUGGAUUGUGCACAAGGCCCUAAAUUCUGGUGCCAAAGCCUGGAGCAAGCAGUACAGUGCAGAGCCCUGGGGCACUGCCUACAGGAAGUCUGGGGACAUGCAGGAGCUAAUGACCUAUGCCAAGAGUGUGAGGAUAUUGUCCAUCUCCUCACAAAGAUGACGAAGGAAGACGCUUUCCAGGACACAAUCCGGAAGUUCCUGGAACAAGAAUGUGACAUCCUUCCCUUGAAGCUGCUUGUGCCCCGGUGUCGCCAAGUGCUCGAUGUCUACCUGCCCCUGGUUAUCGACUACUUCCGGAGCCAGAUUAACCCCAAAGCCAUCUGCGGUCACGUGGGUCUCUGCCCACUUGGGCAGGCUCAGUCAGAACAGAAGCCAGAGAUGCCGGCUGCCAUCCCAAACCCUCUUCUGAACAAGCUGGUCCUCCCUGCGCUGCCAGGAGCACUCUUGGCAAGGCCUGGGCCUCACACUCAGGACUUCUCUGAGCAACAGCUCCCCAUCCCUCUGCCCUUCUGCUGGCUUUGCCGGACUCUGAUCAAGCGGGUCCAAGCCGUGAUUCCCAAGGGUGUGCUGGCCGUGGCUGUGUCCCAGGUGUGCCACGUGGUACCCCUGGUGGUGGGUGGCAUCUGCCAGUGCCUGGCUGAGCGUUACACAGUUCUCCUGCUAGACGCACUGCUGGGCCGUGUGGUGCCCCAGCUAGUCUGUGGCCUUGUCCUCCGAUGUUCCACUGAGGAUGCCGUUGGCCCCGCUCUCCCUGCUGUGGAGCCUCUGAUAGAAGAAUGGCCACUACAAGACACCGAGUGUCAUUUCUGCAAGUCUGUGAUCAACCAGGCCUGGAACACCAGUGAGCAGGCUAUGCCACAGGCAAUGCACCAGGCCUGCCUUCGCUUCUGGCUAGACAGGCACAAGUGUGAGCAGUUUGUGGAACAGCACAUGCCCCAGCUGCUGGCCCUGGUGCCUAGGAGCCAGGAUGCCCGCCUCACCUGCCAGGCCCUUGGUGUGUGUGAGGCCCCGGCCAGCCCUCUGCAAUGCUUCCAAACCCCACACCUCUGAGAACUCGGUUCCAGCACCUGUCCCAGGGGACCACGAGCCUCAGCCCACACCCUCAGCCCGCACCCUCAGCCCACACCCUCAGCCUUGGGUCAGCCUGGAUGUCCCAGCUCUAACCACAGCCCAACACUUACACCAGAGUGGUUUCUGGCUCCUCCAGCGAUGAGGCGCAGCAGGCCCAUGUCCUCUGGAAGACUUCAGAAGGGGCUUCAGGCCUUCACCCCUACCGGAGCCAAGCCAGCGCCCACAGCUCCUACUGCCCCACCCCCACCCCCAGGACGGAGAAGGAACUGUCAUGGCUCCAAGGGAACAGCCUGUAGAAGCCGGUGUAGCCACACCAGCCCCUUGCUAACACAGCUAUGAAAUUCAAACUUCAGAAGAAUAAAAAAUGGGAACACGGAGUACUAUUCUAAGGGCUGUGGGCGAGGCAGUGCCAGGGCACUUUCCUAGCAAACAGGAAACCUGGGCUGGAUCCCUAGUACUAAGAAGAAAAACUGUUUAAAGGUAGUGUGGCGGCUCUUGUCUACAAUCUCAGAUCUCGGGAGACCACACUGAGAGGACUGUGAGUGUUUAAGGCUGGUUGGGAAUACAGUGAAAGAGAA